AUGCCCGCGGGAUGCGGUGAGAAAGACACGUUGGGGUACAACGUCGACUCCGAAAGCGGAAGUUCAGGCUCCCCCGUCUUGAGUCCAGACGACGACAAGGUCGUAGCGUUGCACAACUGCGGUGGCUGCGAACUCGUUGGUCAAAACACAGGCAUCAAGAUGCCGAAUAUCGUCGCCCUAUUGAAGUCCAAGAACCUGUUGCCCAAGGAUGCAGUGGCCGAUGAUCUCUGUUAA